UAAGAGGUGGUAGUGAAAAGUUUAACACAGUUUCAUCUGGAUAUUAUUAGAGCUAUUGACGGAAACUUCAGGGAAAACUAUCGCGCACUGUGCGUUGCCUUGAACCGGACUCAUUUAGGACAACUAUGUGUGGGAUCUUUGCCUACCUGAAUUACUGUGUGCCUCGCACCAGAAAAGAGAUAUUUGAGCUGCUGGUGAAGGGUCUGAUGAGGCUGGAGUACAGAGGCUAUGAUUCAGCAGGCAUCGCAGUGGACGGUGACAAGAACACAACGAAAGACAACAACCAGGACAUUGUUCUGAUCAAGAAGAAAGGGAAAGUCAAGGCUCUGGAUGAAGAACUCUACAAGAAAGACUGCAUGAACCUGGAGGCAGUGUUGGGCACACACUUUGGCAUCGCUCACACACGCUGGGCUACCCACGGUGAACCCAAUGCCAUUAACAGCCAUCCUCAUCGCUCUGACAAAAACAAUGAGUUUGUCGUCAUCCACAAUGGCAUCAUCACCAACUAUAAAGAACUGAAGAAGUAUCUGAACUCCAAGGGCUACGAGUUUGAGUCCGAGACGGACACAGAGGUCAUCCCUAAACUGAUCAAAUAUGUUUACGACAACCGGGAAAGAGAUGACUUGUCCUUUUCAACACUGGUGGAGAGGGUCAUUCAACAGCUGGAGGGGGCUUUUGCUCUGGUGUUUAAAAGCCGCUAUUUCCCCGGAGAGGCUGUAGCCACCAGGAGAGGAAGUCCUCUGCUCAUUGGCGUGCGGAGCCAGCAUGAGCUGUCUGCGGAACACAUCCCUAUCCAGUACAACAGUGGCCAGAUCAGUGAGGAUGUCCAGGAGAAGAACAGCCACAAUCGGCCUGAAGACAGCUCCACUGCUGUGAGCGUCACUGGAGAUGGCAAGGGAAUGGAGUACUACUUUGCCUCUGAUGCCAGUGCCAUCAUAGAGCACACCAACAAGGUGAUCUACCUGGAGGAUGAUGACAUAGCUGCGGUGGUGAGUGGGAAGCUUUCCAUUCAUAGACUGAACCGCCAGGCAGGGGAGGAUCCUGUGCGGGCCAUCCAGACCCUCCAGAUGGAACUACAGGAGAUCAUGAAAGGUAACUUUGAGGCGUUCAUGCAGAAGGAGAUCUUUGAACAGCCAGAGUCUGUCUUCAACACCAUGAGAGGGCGUAUCUGCUUUGAAACUAACAAAGUGGUCUUGGGAGGGCUGAAGGACCACCUGAAGGAGAUCAAACGCUGUAGGCGACUCAUCGUGAUUGGCUGUGGAACCAGCUUCCAUGCUGCCGUCGCUACCCGACAGAUUCUGGAGGAGCUGACAGAACUUCCGGUCAUGGUGGAACUGGCUAGCGACUUCCUGGACCGUAACACUCCCGUCUUCAGAGAUGACGUCUGCUUCUACAUCAGCCAAUCAGGCGAGACAGCCGAUACCCUGAUGGCCCUGAGGUACUGUAAGGAAAGAGGAGCUCUGACGGUGGGCGUCACCAACACAGUGGGCUCCUCCAUUUGCAGAGAAACCGACUGUGGGGUGCACAUCAACGCCGGGCCAGAGAUCGGGGUUGCCAGCACCAAGGCCUACACCAGCCAGUUUGUGUCCCUCAUCAUGUUCGGUCUGAUGAUGAGUGAGGACAGGAUCUCUCUGCAGGGGAGGAGGCUGGAGAUCAUUAAUGGACUGAGGACACUCCCAGACAUGAUCAAGAAGGUGCUGGCUCUGGAUAAAAACAUCAAGUCCAUAGCGGAUGAGCUGUAUGAGCAGAAGUCUCUGCUAGUAAUGGGACGAGGCUUCAACUACGCCACCUGUCUGGAGGGGGCACUGAAAAUCAAGGAAAUCACAUACAUGCAUUCAGAAGGCAUCCUGGCUGGGGAGUUGAAGCACGGCCCCCUGGCUCUGAUCGAUAAGGACAUGCCUGUGAUCAUGAUCAUCAUGAGAGAUGCCUGCUACACCAAGUGUCAGAACGCACUGCAGCAAGUCACAGCCAGAUCAGGGCGGCCGAUUAUUCUGUGUUGCCAGGAUGACCCAGAGGUGUCGAAAAAUGCGUACAAGACCAUAGGGCUGCCUCAGACAGUGGACUGCCUCCAGGGCAUCCUCAGUGUUAUUCCCCUGCAGCUCAUGUCCUUCCACCUCGCUGUCCUGCGAGGAUUUGAUGUGGAUUGUCCGAGGAACCUUGCCAAGUCUGUCACUGUGGAAUAAGAAGAAGGACAGGAGGUAGUAGAGGCUAAAACACUGCUCUGCGUCUGCUCAAGAGAGAGACAGAGUAAAGGCCUAACACAUCAAAGUGCAAUUUUGUGUUUGUAAGUGUGUGAGUGUGUGAGUGAGUGUGUGAGUGAGCGGGUGAGUGGAGUGGAGGGAUGUUUGCUCUAUUUAUAGCAGAGAAAUGUGAAGUUGUACCAUUGAGAUGGAAAAAGGGCUCAUCUGUUUAACUGUGCCAAAAAUGGUGACAACUGGUUGGAGUUGGUAUUUUUGAACACACCAGGUUAUCAGGAGAGAUCAAUCAAUGUUGUUAGUCCUACCCAGAUUGACUACAUUAUAAUGGCAGAAGCCUUCAGUGGGAAUAUACAUGCUUGAAUGUGGUUUCUCCCAGUUAAGUCCUUUAACUGUCCUUAUGAGUGUUACCAACAAACUGUUGUGACAGUGCCUUUGACCUUUGGGUCAAAUAGAGCAAAAUCCAACAGCACCUAGAAGAACAGGAUUGCCUAUCCUUACAGUACUUUAUAUACUAUGCCUUGUUCACAACAGGAGCCUAGUCCACAAACAGUUGAGCCAAAAAUAUAUUGUCGGAACAAUGCCUUGACUUGAUGGAUUGAAGUUUUGUUUCCCCUAUGAUUUUUUUGAAGCAGCAGUGCCAAGCAAGUCCAAGGACUGGAAGUAUGUGAAAACAACUUGCAUAAAAGAAAUGUUGCUUUUAUCACAGGCAAUGCAACAAAGAAAUAUAGAGGAAACACUCUGCCUACAAUUGUGCAAUAUGGGAGACUGAAAAGUGCAUUUUGAAUGUUUUCUAAUAUUAUCUUAGGGCUCUAAGCCCCCAUGGGUGUCUAUUUGCUUUGCAUCAUGGGAAAUGUAGGCUUGCAUUGUGUUCUUUUAUGCAGCACAGCCAGUAACGAGCACAUUGUACGAUACUACUCUGGUAGCUCUAUGCUGGCUAUUUGGAAAAAAAACACUUGUGUUGUUAUUUUGUACACACAUUGCUUUGGCGUAUUGCAUACAGACAUGCAUUCGUUGUAGCUUGUAGUCAUUAAAUUUCUGUUCAUUUACACCUCGGUCUGGUGAACAGAGCUUGAUGGUACUCCUAUGGAUUACACUCUCAUAAGAUGCUGUAUGAAUUCUAUUUACAUUAGUUCACUGCCCUUUAAUAAAUGAUUACUGUGUUUACUCACUGUUUAUAUGACCGUCAUCACAAUUGCCUUUGUUUGUCUAUCAUACAGAAUUGCGAGUGCCAUCUGUCAGAGCCAUUGGGUUCAUUCGAUUUUUUGCAUCACAGUCAGUUGCACUUUUUCACAGUGUCAUGUCCAUUGCCUGUCUUAAUAUGAGCAAUUACACAGGAAACAGUAACACUGAGAUUACUUAUUUUAACAUUUACGUUAAACCUAAACUCUAUGCACAAGGACUACUUUGUUGUUUACAACAAACAUUUGCAUACUUACUAAGAACAGCGCAGAUGCAACAGAUGGUUCAAAGAGCAGAAACCAAUGGAAACCAUUGUGGCUUAACUUUGCGUCUGCAUUGUUCUGCGAGUACAUGUGGUUUUUAA